UUCACGACCGUUAAUUUCGCCUGCGACGGCUAUAUUUGGAAUUUUAAAGACUUUUGAGCCGCCCCAGUUGAAAAUUAGCUGGUGUUCGGGAACUGCCCUAGUUGAAACUUUUGGGGGUGGAGUUCUCUGUAAAAUUAUUAAAUAUUUUUAGGGGUAUGGCAGUUGGAGUUUUCGCCGUUGGCGGUAUGAUUGGAGGAAAUUUGGUUGGAAUUGUUGCUACAAAACUUGGACGGAAACGUGCACUUUUGUACAACAACGCUUUGGCUAUAAUCUCUGGGGCUUUAAUGGCGGGAGCUAAAUUUGUGGGAAAUUAUUGGCUUUUUAUUUUGGGCCGUCUUAUUGUUGGAGUAAAUGCUGGAUUAAACAGUGGAUUGGCACCAAUGUAUUUGACUGAAGUUUCGCCUGCCAACUUGCGUGGAGCGACUGGCUCGUUUGCUCAGUUGUUUGUGACUAUUGCCAUCCUUUUCUCUCAGAUUCUUGGACUCCCGUUUUUAUUGGGAACUGCUGAGAGAUGGCCGUUAAUUUUCGCUUUUACUUUUGUACUUUUUUUAAACUUUAAUCUAAUCAAUUAUCUGUCACACCCAUACUUCCUCAGGGUUUUUAAAAGGUUGCUAAAAGCACUACCUCAGGCUUUUCAUACUACCUUAGUGCCUGUUAUUGUUCAACUGUGCACUCUUACAUUCUGCCCUGAGACCCCUGAAUUCACUAUUGUUGUUAAAGGUCAAAGAGAUCAAGCAGAGAAAGACCUGAAAAAACUUCGUGAGAGUGAAGAUGUUCAAGCUGAACUUGACUUAAUUUCUGACGAAGCUGCAAAAGCCAAUUCUGGAGCUCCUUCCUCAAUGAAAGACAUUUAUGGUACCAGACUUCCAUGGCCUUUGGUUCUGGCUUUGUUUAUGAUGAUUUCUCAACAAUUGAGUGGAAUUAACGCUGCUAUGUUUUACUCGACUGCCAUUUUCAAAGGAGCCGGUCUUAAAGGACAAUGGCCAAAUUAUGCAACAAUCGCAAUGGGGGCUAUAAAUGUUUUGAUGACUGUUGUGUCUGUUUAUUUGGUUGAACAUCCCCGCUUUGGACGUAGAACUCUUCAUAUUACUGGAAUGGUUGGAAUGUGCUUCUCAACAGCGAUGAUCGCUAUUUCUAUGCUUGUUGCUAAGUCUAUUGAAUUUGUCUCCUUCCUUUCAAUCAUUUUUGUUCUACUCUUUGUUAUCUCAUUCGCAACUGGACCAGGAUCAAUCCCUUGGUUCUAUGUAAACGAAAUGUUCCCGUCAAAUUUGCGAGGUAUUGCCAGCACUUUUGCGGUUACUGUAAAUUGGAUUUGUGUUAUACUCGUUGCUACGUUCUUCCCAAUUAUUGAUGGUAUUCUGGCGGAAUAUUCCUUCUUUGUAUUCACUGCUCUGCUUCUAAUAUUUAUUCUGUUUGCACUCAAGUUUUUGCCCGAGACCAAGAAUAAAACGCUCGAGCAAGUUUAUGAGGAAAUGGAUAACCGAAGGGGUGUUAAGACUAAAUUGAAUAAUAAUCAAGUUUGA